UUAAGGUUUUCAAUAUUACAAAGUAUGCUUUGCGAUUAAUCAUGUAGUACUUUCGUGCAAUGAAUAACAAUAAAUAUUGAAUGCAAAAUUAAUAUGCACUUCAAGUUGGUAAUUAGUAAAUGAAAGAGGAUGAGUAGAUGAUUAGUGAAAUAAGUAGGGUUAAAAUUGUAAAAAGUCAUCAUGGACUUUGUACCCCAACACAAAUCCCACCUCUUGGGGUGGAAUUCUCAAAUCCGUGGGAUCCACGGAUUUGGACCCUAAAAGUCCGUGGGCCCCACGGAUUUAUUCCUCCUAUAUCCAUCAAACAAACGACGGAUUGUGUACAAAGUCCAUGAUGCUCGAUUUUUAAGUACCAAAUCAAUGAUCAAUUCCAAGAAGCAAACGAGGUCUAAGUGUCUAGUGGUGGUGACGAUGAAGUGGGGAAGGAGAUUCGGCCGGUGGAGAUUUUGCAAUCCUAGUGACUAUUCAGCCAGAUUAGACCAUAUUUCCCCUGGGUUCGAUGAAGAGCUUUGAUGGUUAUGGGUGUCAUUCAUGUUUUUGGACAUCGAGUUCUUAAGGGUGUUUAGUGGUGGUGAUGACAAAGUGGGGAGGAGGAGAUGUUAGUGAGGCGUGAGAUAAGAGGGCAAACUAGGGUCAAAAUUCAGUGGUCACUUCUAGGAGUGGGCAAUGGCGUGGUCCAUGCGGGACCACAUCGGACUGAUUGAUGUUUGGACCGGAUCGUACCGAAUCGAAUAUAAUACGGUUCGAUCUUUGGUCCAACAAGUUUUAUAAAUAUGGAAGGAAAAUGGACUGAAUUGAUAUUUGGAUCUUGACCAAAGAGGACUGAAUCGGACCAAAUGCACCAUUGGUUCGGUCUUUGGUUCUAAGAUAUCUUUCAUUAUUGGAUCGCGGUUCUCCUGAGUUUGGUAUGAUCCGGUCCGGACAGACCGGACCGAUGCCCACCCCUAGUCACAUCCUCCAUUGAUCAGUGACGACAACGACUCGGUUCAUGAUAAUGAGAUGGCGGUGUGGUUGUAGUUGGGAGAGAGGCGAGAGGAGAUGGAAGAGGAAGGCAGAGAAGAAAUGAGGGCGUCAUUGGAAAAUGGAAGGAGAGAGAAGGCAGGGAGAUGGUGGUAGAGUAUAGGGUCGGGUCACAGGUUGAGUUAGGAAAACUGUCGUGGUAGGUUUUGAUGAUGUGAUAGAAUUUAAUUUUUCCAGGUUAAAAUAAGAUUAUUAGGUGUUUUUGUUAGGCAAGUAAGCAAAAAAAACUACAUCGUUAACGGAGACUAACAAAAGAUAACGUUGACUGAUCGAAUUUAAAUUAGUUAACUAAUUUCCGUAAACACGAAUGAAAUAUUAAUAUUUUUCGUGCCUGUGAAACUUAUUAAUAAUUAGUAUUCCUAAUGACCACCACUAUACUCACAAUAAUCCACUUCGUUUAAUCUGCUUUUUCUGAGUUGCAUAUUUGCCUUAUCUCAAUCUGAGUCAUAUAAAUACACCCUCCACCUUCCCUUUUCUCCUCCACCCCCGAACCUCUGUUUUUCUUCUUAACAAAAAGAAGAAGAAAAAAAACAUUUCUCCCAGUCAGUAACUUUACCAAAUGAGUACAAACAUGGAUUCAUCGCGGCUGUGGCGGAUGGUGCUUCUGUUCGCGGCGGCGCUGCUGGCCGGAGUGGUGGAGUCGGACCUGCAGCAGGACAAAACAGAGUGCGCGUCCCAGCUGGUGGGACUGGCGCCGUGCCUGCCAUACGUCGGCGGGGAGUCCAAAGCUCCGACGCUUGACUGCUGCUCGGGACUGAAGCAGGUGAUAGAGAAGAGCAGGAAGUGCCUGUGCUUGUUGAUUAAGGACCGCGACGAGCCCAACUUGGGCGUCAAGAUCAACAUCUCCCUCGCCGUUGGCCUCCCAGAUUCCUGCAAAUCUCCCGCCAACAUCUCUGAUUGCGUCAGUCUGCUUCACCUGAAGCCUAAUUCGACGGAGGCGAAGAAGUUUGACGGACUGGAUGAAAUCAUUGGUAAAGGAAUCAACGGCAGCAGUACUACUACUGACGGCGGCGGCCCUUCUGCAGCGGCUGCUUCGGCGGGCAGCGGGGGCAGAGCAACUGUCGGCGGCGGUGGAAGUAAUGAGAACCAAAAGAGCAAUGAUGGGGGAGAUCAGGCAAAGAAAAAGAAGCGAGGGUGGGCAGUUGUCACGGCGGUGGGUGUAUUAUGGGGAUUAAUCACGGCCACGGGUUUCUCCUUCUCCUUCUCCUUCUUCUGAGCUACCAACCUAACCAUGACAGGGAGGGAAGGGAAGAUGACCCGAAAUGUUGCAGAGAGAAAGGAUAUUGCUCGUUGUUAUUGUUUGCUGUGGUGAAAAUGUACAAUACAAUUGUAUUGUGUGUUGUUGAAUAAUUGGUUUGUCGCUGUGUCCAUUAAAUUAUGAGAGUGGGCAACUUCCCAACGGUAAUAUUGGUGGCAGAUGAUGGGUGAGAACUGGGAAGCCAGAGCUGGUGUGUUAUAAAUGCGCAGCCACAAGCCCCCCUCUUUAACACUCUGCUCCAGCCACGAUGAACAGCACUGAAAUCUAUGAUCCAUACCAUGGGCACCACGAUUUGCCUAGAUUUUGCAUUGACAAGUUAGACUUAUCAUCUAUAUACCGUUAUUCAACAGGGUAACUCUGCAUAUAAGGUCAUGUGAAUUGUGAAACUAUUAGCCAUUUGUGGUAUAAGAUAUCCAAAUGUCUCAACCAGUUUAUUUUUAGCCUAAUUCUAAAUAAGAUAAAGUAGAACAAGGUCAAGGCUUAAAAUAAAAUUGAAUGAGAUGAAGACCUAAAUUAGGAUAAAAUGAACAAUACUCUGCCCUUUCACAUUUAUGAUCUAGCGAUUUCAAUAACCACCUUCACCUCUUCUUUUUUUGUCAAUAGCCACUCGUAUUAACGAGAAACGAACAAUAGUGUACAAGAGGGUUAAAAAGAACAAACCCAAGACAAAAAAUCAAACGACACAUACCCAGAAGAGUAAAGCUUUCCUCACCACACUAUGGACAACUCUAUUAACAUGACGAUACACAAAAUUAAUGCGAAAGCCUAACUUAGACGAUAAUAAUGGUGUAUUUUCUUUAACACCGUCCCACCCUUGCACAUCCCACACUUGACCAAACUUACCUUUUGGAUGAGCACUUGAGCUUAAUCCUAAAUAACAAUUUUAGAUAUUCCCAUCUCCUCACACGUAUAACUUAAGGGGUCGUUUGGAUGGAGAAUUUGUAUGAGUUAUUUGAGUUCCCAAAUAAGUCACAAUGAGUUAUUUGACACAAAUAACUCGUUUGGUAGCAUUUUACUGAAAUGAGUUAUUUGGACAGUGAGUUAUUUACAAAUAACUCAAAACGAGUUAUUUCAAAUAACUCGUACCCAUGUGUUAUUUCGAAAUAACUCGUUUUAACACUCUACUUUUACCAAAUACCACAUGUCAAAUAUCACAUUUGCAUGGUUCAACCAAACGAGAUACUUUAUUUCAAUUACCACUGAAAUAACACUAAAAUGUCAUAUGGACAAUAAAUAAAUCAUCUGACUUUACAAAUAGCACAUUGACAAUUAACCCAUUCAAAUGAACUCCAAUCACAAUUGAAUCAUAAAUACAUGGAAUACACGGGCCGCUAUAAGCCAACUAGUCCCAUCAACAAAAGCGGACCCAAUCGCUCCAUAAAUCAUCGGGCGCUUAGUAGUCUCAUUAUUAAUACUGGACGGCUAAACGUCGCCCUAGUUUUAUUUUUAUCGCCCUAAUUUAAAACAUCAAAUUACUAAACUAACCUUAACUAAUAAAAUAAAAGUACAAAACAAACGACCUAAAAUCCCUAAUAAUCCUCCUUCAUCUUCUUCCAAAAUUGCAUCGUCGGCCUCCAAACCACCUCCGCCGCCGAGGCUUACUCAAUAGUCAAUACUUGAUCAAAACACUAAUUUUGAUUCACCCAGAGAAUAAGGAGUCGUUUGGAAGUUGUGAUUGUUAGAAUUGUGCUUGUUGAAUACAUGUAUUGUGCACAAUACAAUGUUUGGAAGUGCUAAAAUGUAAAACAAUGCAUACAUUGUUUUAGGUAGGUCCCACCAACAAUCACAAAAAAUGAUGCAUUAUACAAUCUCAACUAAAAGUUGUGAUUGUUGUUCUUAGAUUUUUGUCAACUUUUUCUUUUCAUUUAUAUCCCUAAUAGUUUUUGUAUUAUACUAAAAGUUGAGGGUAAAU